CUUGAUUACGACACCAGUGCGAGUCCCAAUUUCCACACUCUCAACGGACUCGCUUUCCAAGCUUUAUGAACGGCAUUCAUUAUGUCUAUCGAUUUCGUCAGCUGGACUUUGAAAAGCUGGAUUGUGGUUGCCACUGCGUUGGUACUCACCAUUACCAUCUCACAGAUUAUUUACAAUGCUUUCUUCCAUCCUCUGUCCAAGGUGCCAGGACCAUUUUUAUGCAGAAUAUCUGGGAUACCUUCGUGGUACUAUGCAACUCGCGGCGAUCGACAUAUUUGGUUAUGGCAGCUAUUUCAAAUAUAUGGACCGAAAAUACGCGUUACCCCCAACACAAUCCUCUUCCGCGAUCCCGCAGCAUAUCGUGAUAUCUAUACACAAAAGGCUAAUGUACAGAAGGCCGCAUUCUACGAGGCAUGGCAGAAGGACAAGGAUGACAUCAACACGUUCAAUACAAGGAAUAAGCAGGCCCAUUCACGUCGCCGCAAGAUGCUUAAUCAAUCAUUCACCGAACAGUCUCUUCGGGCAUCACAACCGUUUUUGAUCAAGCAUGUCGAUCGCUGGAACGAGUUACUGGUUGCUGAGACCGGCGAUGACCAAUGGUCGAAACCCAUGAACUUCGCUGAUGUGUCGGACACGCUGGUCUUUGACAUCAUGGGAGAUCUUUGCUUUGGGACCUCAUUUGAUAUCAAAGAACGUGAAGAAAAUCCGUUCAAGACGAUGCCACAUGUGGUUGUCCAAUAUAUGCAGUUCUUCUACCCGUUGACACGAUCACCUAUGCUUAAUCUGAUCGUUUGGCUGAAGCCCCGUGGUCUAGACGCUCUUUUUAAAUCGAUCACUCCUCCAAACAUAAAGAGCUACAUCAGCUUUGUGGAAGAUUGUGUGACAAAACGACUCGAAUUGUAUCAAGCACAAAAAGAGAAAACCGUGAGUGAGCAACGACAAGACAUGUUUUGGUUUUUGUGUGAUGCCAAGGACGAUGCUGGUGAUCCGGCAUAUAGUGAGGGCGAACUCCGUGCGGAAGCCAACAUGCUCAUUGUUGGCGGUACAGACACGACAUCUGUUACUUUGGCCGCCGUCAUGUUCUAUCUCACACGCGACGCCCUCCGACUUCAAAAGCUCGUUGACGAGAUUCAAUCCACAUUUUCCACCCCCGAACACAUUGCUCAUGGACCGCAGCUAACCUCAUGCAUAUACCUCCGGGCUUGCAUUGACGAGGCUAUGCGCUUGAGCCCAAGUGGACCAAGCGAGUUACCACGAGAGAUUCUCAAAGGUGGGGCAAUAAUCAAUGGGGAGUUCUAUCCUCAAGGCACAGUCGUGGGCUCUUCUGGCUGGGCAACAGGACACAACGAUGAAUUUUACGGUGACUCGGAGGUCUUCAGACCAGAGCGGUGGAUUCCUGAUGAGAGCACAGGUGUGACUGAGGAAGAGGUCAAUGUUCUUCGUGCUAAUUUUCACCCAUUUGCUCAAGGUCCUGGAUCUUGCCCUGGCAAGAACAUUGCGAUUCUGGAACUUUCUAUAGCAAUUGCUCGGACUCUACACAGACUAGAAGUGAGAAAGCCACUUGAAGGUGACAACAGUCUUGGGCAGGGCAUCCCAACUAACGGGUGGGGCAUGCGCAACAAAAAUAUCUUCCAGCUGCAAGACGCAUAUAUUUCGGUGCGCAACGGACCAAUGGUCCAAUUUAAGAAGAGGCCCGUCUAGAUUUAAGUGCUCGCAUUUUUCUAGAUAAUGAUGACUAGAUAAACAGGGAAUGGAAAAGUCUGUCAAUAUGAUAGCCUUUGAUGGAUACCGCGUUGAUGAAAUUAUUUGCGUACAUACAAUCUUAAUCUGUAUAACCGCACUGUAGUCAAGCUAAAGACGAUCUCCUGCUGUAUAUAAAUCUGAAUUCGGAUAUCUAUGCUCG